AUUUAUAAGUGACACCACACUGCUACUCGUUUCAUCUUCGUUGACUGUUUUUCGUCAAAAAUAAUAAGCUAAAUUAUCCUGACUCCAAAUUGUGUCCAUCUGCUUCCGAAAUGGAGCCAGCAUGUCGAAAAGACAAACAGAAACAGCAAACACCAACGCGUGGAGACAGAACGAAACAGAAAACAGCCCAGCAGGAGCUGAAGCAGAGACAGAGAGCAGAGAUUUAUGCCCUGAACAAAGUCAUGACCGAACUUGAACAGCAGCAAUUUGAGGCCUUCUGCAAGCAGAUGCAGUCACAAUCAGAAUGAGGAAGAACUCCAGUCAGAGUAAACACACAGGUUAGGGUUAAGUAACUUACCAUUUUACCCGUAUUAUUGUAAACCAUAUGAUAAUCAACCCUUUCAUUUACACCGUCAUUUACACCGAAUUGUAUUCACUCUAGAAUGCUUGACUGUAUUGGAUUGAAUCAAACUGUACAAUCACGCCACAAAUGCUUGUCAGUAUGCACAAAACCAGACAUAUCAUAAUAAUGUGUCAUGUUUAUCAAAGCACCACCCUGGACAGUGCUGUCAUUUCAUUUUCACUUUAAAAAAUAUACCUAAACAUUGGAAAAUAUUCUGUUAUUUUUCUCACCGGCUGGUCAUUUAAGAUUUAAAUGAAACUGUGGAUAUACUGGGAUUUUUUUUCGGGGUUUUCACCUUUAUUGGAUAGAACAGUAGAGAGUAUUGACAGGAAAGCAUGGGGAGCAGAGAGAGAGGAAGGCUCAGGACCGCAAGGCUGGAAUCAAACUCAGGUUGCCGUGAGCACCGGAGUGCAUUUGUCGAUGCACUAACCACUACACUACUUGUGCCGACUAUACUGGGAUUUUGAGGAUAAAUAAAUACAGUUAAAACCCUUUUUAUGAUAUAUUGAGGUGAAUAUGUAUAUGAAUAUGAAGGGAAAUUAUUGGUUUGUGCAAGAAACUGACUAUGUUCAUCAUUUCCUGUCAUCAACAGCCUCGACAAGUAAGUAGCCUUUGACUUGCAUAGUAUGAAUCGCCUAGGACCAUGGUUUCAUAUAAAAAUACUUCAGUUUUGGGUCAGCUAUCUAUUUGAUUGAGCUGUUUUGUAACAUGCAAUGUUUUUUCCUGAAUGAGUAUUACAUUUUACUUUACAAUACUGUAUAAAACUGUUCUAGACAAACAACAAUCUAGCGCUAUGUCGGGUCAAGAAAAUAAGAUACAGCCGUCACUCUUUUGGUUUAUUGUUAAUUUAUGAUUUGUGACCUACUGUAAUAAUGUUUUACAAUAAUAAUAAUAAAAAAUAAUAAAUUAUUUUUAAUUUUAAAAAAUAAUAAAUUAUUUUUAAUAAUUUGUUUAAAAAUUUAUUAAAAAUAUUUCUAAACAAA